UUCAUUACACUUGAAUAAUGUUGCUAUUAUAGUACCUCUCGUUAGCAAAACAUUCUAUCUUCGCCACCAAAAGCGUCGACACAGGAUUACUAUUCCAGCUUGCUGGCCGCACCUGGCACGCUCUGCUUUGUCAUACCGUCUCAUGAUUUUUACCUCCCUGGGUUACGUCAUUUGUGGAAGUUCAGACCUUUGGAGUUCGCUGGAAGGCGACUCCGACUGCUUCUGAAUGGUUCUGGUUGGGAUACCCCAAACGAUUCAAUGCACAUAUUUAUCUAAAAGCAGCUGUCUUGAGCGGCUUUCGUCUAGGCACGACCAUCUGCCGCGGCCUAAGCUACUCACCGCACUAGGUCUCUGGGACUCCAUAGCUAUCACCCAGUCUAAACACGAGCCGGCGUCAAGGAGUUCCACAGCCGGCAACAGUGAGGCUUCCGGAAAUGAGCGCUCCCCAGCAGACGGGCUCCAUGCAGGCUGCCACCCUGCGUUGCCCGCCCAAUGUCUUCCGAGAGAGGUACAGCCUCGCGGACUUUGAGGUGACUCAUACAUACGUUGAAGGACCGAACUGGUCCGUCUGCGCGGCACGCUGCAAGUGGUCAGACGCGCCGGUGGUGCUUCAAACCUACGCAGAAGUCGGCAACCUGUCGGGUUGCAUGUCGCUGGCUCUGGCAGCAGCCCAUGGGCUCACCAACCACCCGGCGCUCUUGCCGCUGUACGCGGUGUUCCGAGACGCGGGGAACCCCCCCUCCGCGGGUGGCGGUGGGCUCACGGACAGCAAGGGCAGCAGCAACUCCAGGCCCAACACGGUCGGUGAUGGUGGUGGUAACGGCGGCAGUAGUGCGGGAGGCGGUGUGGGGUGCGGCGACCGUAUAAUCAUGGUGUACCCUGGUGGCCCGGCGCAGCACCCUUUGUAUGUGGGCUGGCCCCCCACCUCCCCGGGGUCCUCCCCUCCGCUGGGCAGCUACGGGGGCGGCAGUGGCAGUGGUCCGCCCGUCAGUGAGCGAGGUGUUGUCCGGGGCCUGCUGCAGCCCCUGUCCGAGCUGGUGGGGGUGCUGGGCUCCAUGGGGCUGAGGCCGCCCUACGUGUGCGGACUGGACGUGUGGAUGGACAGCCCGGAGGCGCCAGUGCCGGGACAGGCCCUGUUCAUGGGGUGGUACGUGUCCUGGGUCGGGGUCAUGAAGGCGCAGGGGAUCAGGAAGGGGCGCCCGCCAGGGGAGCUCUUGCCGGCAGCAAUGCCGUUCGCGGCGCCGUACUUGCGAGCAAACCCGAUAGCCGCCGGCGAUCAGACCGAACGGAAUGGCGAUAUGUUCAAGAGGUGGCUAUCCUGGUCCGCAGCGGCCCUGGUGCACACCGUCCUCAUAGGCUCGCCGCCACCCGAGGGGUCCGCGCCCAGAAAGGCCCGAAGACAAAUGCCGCCGGAAGGGGCAGCCGCGGGAGGUGGAGGUGGCGUCGCCGGCGUACCGCAGCUGCCGCCUCUCACGACCUCCAACAGCGGUGUCCCGCGGGGCAGUGUGCUCAUGUCGUUUGGGGGCCAGCGGCAGUCGUUAAUGGGCUCCCAGGGGGGGCCCCACCACGGCGGUGUCAGUGUCAGUGGCUGCACCAACGGGGAAGUCGGCAGUGGCGGCAGCCGUGUGAGGAUACGGUCGCCGCAACGGACCCACCGCGCGCUUGACCCCAUGCCGCUGUGGCUCAGUGACGAGGCAGGCGACUGGUUUCGGAGGGGCCUAGCGCCAGAGUGCUCCAUGCGCGUUCCAUUCGACGAGCAAAUGAAGCACGCUUGGGUGGGUCGUCACGCCCUGCCCAGGAGCUUCACCGCCAACGGCAAUGUGGUCCGAAGGGAGUCACUCGGUUGUAUGCCCCGGGAGCUCCACCCGCUGAUGCUGGAUGUGGUGCCCAUGGGGUUGACCCGGCCGGGGAAGGAGGAGGUGGACAACCUGAUGACGGAGAUGGCGAUGACCGAGCCGCCCAGCGUCGCCAAGCCGGCCAUGCCCUGGCAGGUGGUGGAGGGGCCUCAGGGCCCCGGACCCGACUUCUCGGCGGGUGGCGGGGUGGUGGUAGUGGAGGGGUUCACACCGAUGGUCUCCGAUGUGGACCCGGCGCGGGACACGUCCGUCGUGGAGCGCUACGAGGUGGCGGAAGAGCAGAGGGACGACGGCACACGAGUCGUCGAGGAGCUCCGAGUGGUGUCCGGAAAGACCGACGGCGCCUUCAGCCGGGCGGCCAAGGCGCUGCAGGCCGCCAUGGCUCGCCGGGCAGAGGCCGGGCAGUGGGUGAUGGCCAAUCCUCGUGGCAGCACCUUCGACGACAUCGCUCGACAGAAUCAGAUGCGCGCACAGGUGACCCAGCCCCAGCAGGCGCCGGCUGCCAAGCGACGCGAAAGCAGCACCGGCGGUCCCGCGCCUCAGGUCCAGAGCGCACGGAGCCGCAACAUAGAGGCCGUGCCUGUGGCCGCCUCUGUCGUCCGCAACGCCUCCCCACUCCCACUCCCCGCUGCCUCCGCACCAGCUGGGCGGAACAGGAGCCCCGGUCCCAAGGGCGCCAAGGGGCCGGCCAAGAACAGCAAGGCGGCCAAGUAUUAG